AAUUUAGCUUAUUUGAAUCUAGGCGAAAACAUGCUUGUUGGUCCGAUCCCUUCAUCUCUAGGUCAAUUAACCAAUUUGUCAGCUCUAUUCCUUCAUACCAAUAAAUUCAACAGCUGUAUCCCUCUACAAUUUGGAAAUUUAAGAAAUCUCAAGACUCUGUAUAUUGUGAAUGGCCAACUCGUUGGUCCACUUCCUUCAACUCUGGGUCACCUGACAAAUUUGACAUCCUUGAGUCUUUACAUAAAUCAAAUCAAUGGUUCCAUCCCUCUAGAACUAGCAAAACUUAGGAGCUUGACCUCAUUGGAUCUUGGUGCCAACCAUUUAAGGGGUUCAAUUCCUCCAUCUUUGGGUCUCUUGUCUAAUUUGAAAUAUUUGUACCUCGACUCAAAUAGUUUUGAGGGUUCCAUUCCACCGAAAUUAGGAAACCUAAACAAUUUGCGAUUACUGUAUCUUAGAAAAAACAAAAUAACUGGUCCAAUCCCUCCCACUCUAUUUCAUUCAACUAAUUUGACAGUAUUGUAUCUUGAUUCAAAUCUUUUAGAAGGUUUGAUACCUGGAGAUAUUAGGAAUUCAAUAUCUUUGGCAUAUUUGAACCUUUCCCAAAAUAGAUUGAGUGGACCAAUCCCAACUCAGGUUGGGUCUUGCUCCAACUUAAUAGAGUUAUCGCUGAGCCACAACUCUUUAAAUGAAAGUAUUCCUCCUCAGAUUGGCAAUCUCUCUAUGCUCUCUGUAAUUGAUGUCAGCCAUAAUUCCAUUAGUGGAGAAAUGCCUUCCCAACUUGGAGGUUUAGCAAAUUUGGUAGCAUUAGAUCUCAGUUACAAUAAUAUCUCCGGCUCUAUUCCCCAUCUGCCACCUAGUUUGAAUGAAGAUAAACUAAAUUUGUCAUACAAUUCUUUUACGGGUCAAGUCCCAAAUGACUUGCGUCAUUUUCCGCCAAGUUCUUUCACUGGCAACAAGGAUUUAGAAAAUGAACAACUUACUAGCUCAACAUCGCUCACUGAACACAAAAGAACAAGCAGCAAAAAAUCGAGACAUGAGUCAUUGUUGAGACAUCUUAAAAUCAUUCUUAUCAGCACCAUUUCCCUUGCAUUGGUAUCUCUUUUAUUUUUGUUGCUUUAUCGAAGAAUACAUGGAGCCAAAAGUGAGGAAGCAGAUGCAAGGCCAACAAAAAAUGGGGAUAUAUUCUCAAUAUGGAGCUUUGAUGGAAGGGUUGCAUUUGAAGACAUCAUUGAAGCUACUGAGGAUUUUGACAUCAAAUACUGCAUUGGUACUGGUGGUUAUGGAAGUGUUUAUAGAGCACUCUUACCAAAUGGCAAGGUAGUCGCUUUGAAAAAACUUCAUCGAAGGGAAGCAGAGGAUCCAACUUUUGACAAGUGUUUCAAGAAUGAGGUUAAGAUGUUAAUAGAAAUUCGUCAUAAGAACAUUGUGAAGCUUCAUGGAUUUUGCCUACACAAGAGAUGCAUGUUUUUGAUCUAUGAAUACAUGGAAAGAGGGAGCUUGUUUUGUGUGCUUAGAAAUGACGAAGAAGCUGUGGAGCUCGAUUGGAACAAAAGGGUGAACGUCAUAAAAAACACAGCACAUGCUUUGUCUUAUCUUCACCAUGACUGCAUCCCACCCAUCCUUCAUAGAGACAUAUCAAGCAACAACAUUCUAUUGAACUCAGAACUAGAGGCUUUUGUUUCUGACUUUGGAAAUGCGAGGCUUUUAGAUCCUGAUUCAUCUAAUUAUACUGUUCUUGCUGGCACCUAUGGUUAUAUUGCCCCAGAGCUUGCUUAUACGAUGGCUGCAACUGAGAAGUGUGAUGUUUAUAGUUUUGGGGUUGUGGCAUUAGAAGCAUUAAUGGGAAGGCAUCCUGGAGAACUAUUGGCAUUGUCAUCAUCUCUCUCUUCCUUGCAAAAUGUGAUGCUAAGUGACAUAUUAGAUACGCGUCUAUCGCCUCCAAAAAGCAAAAAUGUUACCCAGAAUAUUGCGGUUGCUGCUAUGCUUGCAUUUGCUUGCUUGCGCGCAAAACCCAAGUCCAGGCCAACAAUGGAAUUUGUGUCUCAACAAUUUGUUGCCCACCAAAGACCACUUCCGAAGCCUUUUCCAGUUAUUUCUUUAUUGGAGUUGGUGAAUAGUGAUUUGGGAAUGGAAAAUGGAAGAGAAUCUCAAUUCAAACUUUCAGGUCAUCCAGAUAAGCUUCAUGGUUCUCCCUCAAAUUAGAUGCAAGCGAGUAUCUUCUGGGUCAUCAUUUUUUUUCUUUCUUUUUUUUUUUUUUUUUAAGUUCAGAUUGUCCCUUUUCAUGCAGCAAUUUUCAAUUAGAAAUGUUUAAUGUUCUGUUUAGAAACAUGAUUUUGGUAGAGUGUAUUUGAAUUUCAACAUUUCAAAUUCAAUAUCAUUGUUUGUUUUUACAUAAAUAAAGUGAAAUUAAAUUU